GACGUCGUUCUCGCAUCAUGUCCUUAACUGUGUCACCUUUUCUUUUGAUAUCCAUUCUGGAUGUAGCCGCAGUCUUUUUCAACGGACGUCUAUUACUAAGCUGCUUUAAAGACAAAACAAAGCAGAAGUUUAUUCAAAAGUGCCGGAUAUUAGCAAGUCUUCAGGCCGCUUGCCAAGUUUCAAUUCUUGGCGCAGAUACCGCAGAGUGGUGGAAAGGUUUCCUCAUUCAACCUACAGAGUCCUGUAAUGUUUUAAGAGUUCUUUCCCUUUCAAUGAUGUUUUUCCAAACUUGUAACCUGACGGCAAUCAUAACAGUGUACUAUGAACAUCCCGUAGGACACGAAAAACGGAGAUCAUUUUCUUACCUUUUGGUAUACGCAGUGCUUCUUCUGGGAUUCAUCGGUUCCGCAAUUUUCUUAUGGCACGGUUGCUUCUCGCAAACGUCUAUUUCUCAAGCCGUCGUAGAAGUUGAAUUGAUUUUAACCAUGUUUCUUAUCUUCUACCUGCUUUCCGUAGCCUUGGAUAAAAACGAUGCUGAAUACAACAAGGAAGUCACUUCAUUAAAAUCAGACGCCUCGACGAAGUCGCGUUUUUCGUCAUGGUCGUGGAAAGCCUGGAAAGAAAGCAAGAAGUCCUUAUUCUUCAUCGUUUUGUUUACGGUAUGUUUGGUGCUGAUUUUCAGCGAAGUGGCCCGCGCUCGUUUCGAAACAGCUUUGUGGGAUCGGGAUUUGAAAAGAGAAACGUCGUUCGACGGAAUUGUUUAUCUACUGAUUAUAAAAUUCUGUGUGGGAACAGUUUUACCGGUAACCCUGUAUGAUUUGAUUGAUUCAAACUAUGCCGGAAAGAAAGACAAAGCCACCAUAUCAAUUGUGCUUGCAUCAAUUUAAAAGAUCUUUAAUGAAGGCGAAUGAAUAAAGGGGUUAAGUUUCUAAAGAAACUGUGAUGCUGCGUCGUUGGGAGA